UUUUGAAGGGUGUGUCAAUUAGAGGUGUACAGUGUGAGUGUAGCCAGUAAUUAAAUGGAUGCUGCUGAUGCUGUGAAGUUGAGAGACAGCUACCAGAUGCCCAGGCUGGGGUUGGGGACCUACAUGGUGGGCAAGGAGAGUGUGUGUAAUGCUCUCAAGAGUGGCUACAGACUCAUAGACACAGCCAGCUUGUAUGGGAAUGAAGAGGGUGUUGGUGAAGCUAUCCAGGAGUCAGGUAUUCCCAGAGAGGAGCUAUUCGUGGUCACCAAGGCAUGGAACAAUGAGCACGGGAGAGAGGAGAUCAACGAAGCAUUUCAGAGGAGUCUAAAGAAACUGGGACUGGACUAUGUGGACCUGUAUCUCAUGCACUCCCCAGCUGGGGGGAGACUACUGGAGACCUGGGACACUAUGUGCCAGCUGCAAGCAAAGGGUCUCAUCAGGUCAGUGGGUGUGGCUAAUUUUAACGCCAGUCACCUGACAGAACUGAAGAAGGCGAGACCAGACAAUAUUCCAAUGGUGAAUCAGAUUGAGAUCCAUCCAUUUGUGAGCUGGAACGAGUGUCUGGAGGUGUGUCAGAGGGAGGGUAUUACAGUGAUGGCCUAUUCCCCACUGGCUCAGGCUGGGAAACUCACUGACCCCACUCUUGUGGGUAUCGCUGGAAAGUACGAUCGAUCACCUGCACAGGUCAUGAUACGCUGGAGCCUGCAACGAGGGUUUGUGUGCAUCCCUCGAUCGAGCAAAGACAGUAGGAUCAAAGAGAAUGCUAGUGUGUUUGAUUUUACUCUGUCUCAAGAGGAUAUGGCAACACUAAACGGAAUGGACGUUGGCUACAUUGCUGACUGGCCUGGGAUCAUGCAAAGUCCAUGGGACCCGUGAUAUUCGUGAUAUUGAGGAUAUUGAGGAUAAUCGAACUUUUGAUAAUAUUUAUUCUUGUAAACAAUAUAAAUUACAAAAAUGAAAUGCAUGUAUAAUAAUGGAGAAAUUGCAAUGAAAGAAAAUUGUCUGGUGUACAGUACGUGUUGUUCUAAUUAUCUGUGGUCUUGAAAACA